UUAAGUAUUUUAAUGUAGCCACAGACUUUUGCCGUUCAUGUAGGUUUACAUAAAUAUUUAAUAGUUGAUUUUUCGCAUUAUCUGAAGACUGAUUUUAAAAGCACAAAGGAGUAGAUAUAUACAUCUUAGGGUUAUAGUGGUCAAUGCCGAAAGUAAUUUGCUUACAGACCUUCCUUUGGAACUAUGAGUAACGAUUAGCCGGUUUAUUCAUAUUUUUUAUUCCGGGAAAUUUUUAAUACAUUCAUAUGGCAUACAUUUUAAUGUUGGCUUUAUACAUGGCUUUUAGAAGGAUGUAUAAAAUAAGUUUUGUACAAGUUGAGUGGUAAGGAAAUUCAGUAUAAAAUGUUAUCGCCAUCUACGUUAUGCUGUUCGUAGUUUUGUGUGUACCUUUUAAAUUUUAAGAGUAUUAUUUGACAUAUUUUUGACGUUUAGUAGUUACCCACGCAUUUGUAAAACCAGUUACACAUUUAAAAGAUUUGCAUUCUGUUGGAUUAGUGUGUGUAUGUGAAGAUUUGAUGCUGCCAAAUGAAUGUUCGUUUCAAAAUUUUGAUAUGGCAGUGAUUGGUAGGGAGUGAGAGCAAGACGUCAACGGAAAGUAGAUUAAGUGAAAGAACACCAUAUCAACCAGUUGGUCUAUACAUCAGUCAAGUCAUAAGGACAGAGAAGAGCGGACAAGACAAUUAGUUGCAGCCGGCUGUUGUGUGUGCAGUAAAGCAGAAAUAAAUAAAUAAGGAAAAUAAUAAUUGUACCAAUACAAAAAUGGCAGUCAACGUGUACUCCACAAAUGUGACUACUGAAAAUUUAUCCAGACAUGAUAUGCUCGCUUGGGUAAAUGAUUGCCUGCAAGCGCAAUUUGGUAAAAUUGAAGAGCUCUGCACUGGCGCUGCUUAUUGCCAGUUCAUGGAUAUGUUGUUCCCCGGCUCGGUGCCAAUGAAAAGGGUCAAGUUCCGUACAAAUUUGGAACACGAAUAUAUUCAGAAUUUUAAAAUCUUGCAAGCAUCUUUUAAAAAGAUGGCAGUUGAUAAGAUAAUACCAGUCGAUAAGUUGAUAAAAGGUCGUUUCCAAGAUAAUUUUGAAUUUUUACAAUGGUUUAAAAAGUUCUUCGAUGCAAAUUAUGAUGGGCGCGAAUAUGAGCCGCUUAUAGCUCGUAGCGGCGUCAAGCUGGGCAAUGGCAUUGGUGGUGGCGGCGGCGGCAGUAGUGGUCGAGGCAGUAGCAACGAUUUACUCGAGAAGCGACCCAUACAGAUGCCAAAUCGAACGCAUGCGUUACCGGCUGUAACACAACGUACCGCCGUUAGGUCGGAACGCGUUGGAGUUUCCAAAGUACCACCUCGCGCAGCAGCACCAGUCGUAACUAAGUCAGCUGCCGUGAACAAUACCACCGGUGCAGUUAAAAAGUCCGGCGACUCAUCCAAUGCGGUGUCGAACCAACAGAUCGAGGAGUUGUCCAAUCAGGUCAUGGAUAUGCGUUUGAAUUUGGAAGGUUUGGAGAAAGAGCGAGAUUUCUAUUUCUCAAAAUUGCGUGACAUAGAAAUACUCUGCCAAGAAGCAGCAGAAGGUGACCCGCAUCCUUUAAUACAAAAGAUUUUGGAUAUUAUGUAUGCGACCGAGGUAAAGCGCAACACUUCUGAUGGUUUUGCGCCUCCGGAUGAAAUUCCGCCCGAGGAUGAGGAGUAUUAAAAGCAACAACUCGCAAGGAGGAUUGAUUACAGAACUGCAAAUAAACAGAAACUGAGAAAAAAAUGUUUAUAUUACACAAAAAAGAAAAAAAAAACAAGAUUUAAAAAAUACAAGAAUUUAAGCAUAAUAAACUAUGUUAAACAUGAUGGAUAAAUGUUGAAAAUAUUGCUGUACUCAAUGACAAUUUAGAAUGGAAAGUUUCGGCUACUACAGCUAUAACACUCGAAACUGAUGAAGAAGCAAACAGAUAAGGCGAAGUAUCUUUAAUUAAUAAAUACAUGAACAAACUGCUUAAAUUACGAUAAUCUAUAAUAUAAAUACGAACAAAAUCUAACGAAAAUAAACGAUAUUAAUAUUUGAACAUAAAACGUUCAUAAAAAUAAAACAUUAAAAUUAUGUGAGUGUACGCCUGUAGGUAGUGGUUUAGGCGACAACAUACGACGGACUGAUUUUUUAUAGUUUGUACGAGUCUGGAACUCCGGGGAGACACAAUAUAUGUAGUUGAUACAAAGUAA